UGACGACUUGACUCAGGCCGUAGAAGUUGAAGAUUUUAACAAGACAGGUUGACGACUUUGGGCCUAGACAAGAGCUUAAUUUGUUUUAUUGGGGGCGGAGAUAAAACUACCCAAAUUUCAGUUAGUUUUUGGCAUUUUACAAACUAGGACUGUCUACGUUACAACAUUAAAAGUGAGCUGCAGUCACAGCAAUGACCCAGAACUAUAUUGCAGGAGAAGAUAUCCAUUUUGAAUAUGAAGAUUCAAAAAACAACAAAAUAGACAAGGCAUAUGUGGCCAACCGUGACAUGACGGUUCAAGUUGAGCUUGAUAAUUCACACGAAGCCUACCCUGUUUCGAGAGUGAUCAAGCAAGAGGCCAACGGAAACGUUGUUGUUCAAGAGGUUGUUGAUGAUCACAAAUUUCACUCUUUUCACAGAAGUCAGCGCUACAAUGAACAAGGAGAAAUUGGAGAAGAGGACGAAGUAGGAGAAGACUACAAUGAUGAUGAAUAUGAUUAUCUUCACUCAAUUUGUGCAUACUGUCAGAAUGACCAUCGUUGCGACCACGACAUGCAGAUGGAGGAAGAAGAAGAAGAAGAAGAAGAAGAAGAAGAAUAUGAAUAUGAAGAAGAAGAAGAAGAAGAAGAAGAAGAAGAAGAAGACUAUAACGAAGAAGAAGACGAAGAAGACGAUGACGAAUACAAUGAUCACGAUUGUCAAUGUCCUCACCACCACUUGCACUAUUCACACCAUCACCACCAUCAUCAUAGCCAGCAUUACACAAAGCACGAACACAACCAGUAUGAUAACCACCAUGCCAGCCACCGACAUUGCAAGGAUACCAGCGGAGUUCCUCGCUCAAGUUUGCUAGAAAAGCAGAAAAGGAUAAUAAAGGAACAGAUACAAAGACCUGUCAGCGGGAACUUUCUCUGGGACUUUGAGUUUCCAGAAGAUAUACCUGAUAUGAUUGAAUUUUGGAUAGGGCUACCUUAUGAAAGGAAACGAGAAAUAGCCAAUAUAGAUUUUUUGAAAGAAUUGGACCAAAUUCAUGACCACCAAAAACCUCAGGGAAGUUGCAGGUUAUGCGGAAACAGAAAGUCUUCAAUAGAGAAAGAACUUGAAAAGUUAUACAAUGGGUAUUACAACGUGCGGAAACUUGCAACUGAAUCGUUGGACGAGUGUGACCUGAACAUAGAAACAAUAAAUACGAUAUUUUUCAUUGUCGAGGAGGAAAAGAUAAUUGAACAAGAAGAAUCUACGGAUGCCCUCGAACGAGAAUUACUAUCAAUGGCCGAUGAUCUAGUAAAAAAUAAUGGUGAAAACUUUAUCAGUCUGAUUGAGCAGCUGGACGGUGAGGCCAAAGACAGCCGAAUAUCCAACGCUUCAUCGGUAAGUACCGCCAAUGACGAAAACAACAGCGAUAUAAGGAAAACCCAUGGACCGGAAAUUAACAAAAAUGAUAACGAUCUACUUCAAAAGGGCGAAAACAUUCUUUACAAUGAUGAAAAUGAACACAACAACGAAGAUGGAGAUGACAACGUACGAAAGGACGAGAAGAAUGAAUUAAAGGAAGAAGGAAACCAUGAAGAGAAGGAUGGCGAAGAAAUUCUAGGGGAGGAAGAAGUAGAAGAGGAAGAGGAAGAUGAAGAGGAGGACGAAGACUACGGAUUUGAGAGCGACAAUGCAUCAUGCUCUUCUGAUGUUAGUGAAAAUGACUACACAUCUAGGAAGAGACUGGAAGAGACAUAUAAAAUGCUUCAGAUAUUCUCUUCUAAAAUUCUACGAAAAAAGGUUCAUGAUGCUUUUCAAGCCAAACGGGCUGAAGACAUAUCGAGGAGUCUUCUAGCGGAGGAAGAAAGAGAGAGCAAGUUGAAAAAGGAGAAAGAGGAGAAAGAGAAGAAGAAGAAGGAAAAAGUCAAGGAAAAGAAAAGACUGCAGCGGUUAGCCAAGGAAGAAGAGCGAAAGCGUCUUGAAAUAGAGAAAGAAGAGAGUGAAAGAAUGAUUAGGGAGGAACAGCUGCGUAAAACCGAAGAAGGCCGUAAGCGUAAAGAGGCAGAGAAGAAAAAACGAGAAGAAGAACUUAAGGCCAAACAAGAAGAAAAAAAGCGAAGGAAAGAACUGGAGCUGGAACGCUCAAGGAAGGAGAAGGAGGAAAAAGAGAGAAAGAAGCAAGAGGCGAAGAAGCAAAGAGAUGAGGAACUGCUGAAGAAGCGGGAGGAAAAGGAGAGGAAGGAGAGAGAACGCCAAGAGAAGAAAGAGCAAGAGAAACAAUUACUUUUGAAGAAACAGAUGGAAGAGGAGGAGAGAUUGGAAAAGCGUUUGAGUGAGCUCAAAUUAAUUCAGCAAAAGAACAAAGAAGCUGAUCUCGAGAAGGAGAAACAGAAGCAGGCCGAGAAGUCGCUGCAAGAGUCAAGACCAUUACAUAUGGGAACUCCUACUCCUCUUCCGAACAAUUCUGAAAGCUUGGGCAGCAAUGGUCUGCAUUCUCACCUUUUCAACUCAGACUUCAUACCUAUGAAUCAGUCUACGCUUGCCGCCCCUCCACAUCAUUUCCCAGGUUUUGACUCCACACCGCUCUUGGAAAGCCAUUCUUUGCUGAAUAUGAAGGCAGGCGCUUCCUCAAUGUACGGAGCAAACACUUUCACCAACCCAUUUGGCAAUGAUUCUAGCGGGUCCAACGCUCACUCUCUCCUCAACAACAACGGCUUGACCACCAACGUUGCGAACCCAUUGCUUAGCGAAGAGUUGGGCUUCCAGGAGCAGAACAAAGGAUUGUUCAAUUCGGCGUUGUUUGACUCCAAAAGCCUCAGUGGUGAGGGCACACCAAAGGUCAACGAGGGGUCUAUUUGGAACUCGAGUGUCACCCCACUCAACAACCUAGGCACUCGGGAGACGUCCCAGCCUGCCGCUACUGCUGCAACCGGACGUCACAAUUCUAUCUGGUCCUCCGGUGAGAUGUCCGGUACUAGGACACCCAGCUUUUCGUGGAGUACUCCUGUUGCAAACGGGGCGGAUCCGUUGGCCACCAACCCACACACAUCUGGCGUGAGCGUGAGUGCAACGGAGAGCCUCGGCAUACCACAGAUUGAGCUUAUCCAGCUGGAGAGUUUCAAGGCUGCUGGCCGUCUACCGCACAUCUCAUCCGACAUCCUUUCUGUGCCGUUGCUCUAUCACUACACAAGGUCCUUGCUUGCCGGGAAGCUUCCAAGCUUGAAGUUGGAACAGUUUGUGGCUGCCUUGUCUUUCGAUCUCGGCUCCAAGCUGCAGUUCUCGUUCAGCAUUUUCAAGGACGACAAGAAUGAAGACGUGGUGAAGAUUGUGAAGCGGUCUGCAAUGCUUCCUGCGAACGGAAUGGGCGGCAUGAACCUCAACAACCUCGGCAUGGACAUGAACUACAUGAACAGCAGCCAGCUCGGCGGCCUGAACGGCGGUCUGAACGUGUUCAACGGCAUGAACAACAUCAACCCGCUGAACUGCGGCGGGCUCGAGAACCUCGCCAUGAAUGGCAACGGACUCAAUUUGAUGAACAGUGACGCCGGUCUGCUGAACGCCCUGAACGGCAUGGGCUCCAUGCACACGAUGAACAUGAACCCGCUCAACAUGAACCUGGCUGGCCUGAACAUGAACACAAACAUGAACACAAACAUGGAUGUGGGCGGCCACAUGGGCCUUGGCGGCAUGCACAUGAACAUGAACGUCAACAUGUCGGGUCUCAACCCGCUGCAGGACUACAGUAACAGUGUUGGUCUUGACUCCAAGGAUCCUGACCGGCUCCAGCCUGCCGCCUCUGCCGCCGCCUCUGCUGUUGCUACCGCCGACGGACGCCACUCCUCCCGCUCCGGCUCCGUCCUAGCGUCUAGCACUGCCGCCACAGACACCUGGCCAUUGUUUUGACGUCCCCGCCGGACCCAAUAGCCCUGUGUAUCCGUCUGUAAUCCCUUUAUGUAGCUGUCUAGCCGAAACGUCAACAAGCAAAUCCGUUUUAUUACAAAAAUAGCAC